CGCAGAGGUCGAGUCCACACGUUGUGACGGCGUCGGCGCCCCGGGGCCCGCUGGGAGCGCUGGCCAUCACACUCACCGGGCGCGCAGGCGCACUCCCCGCGCUUCGCCAUUGUCGCCUUUGUUUGCGGGCCUGCUUUUUUGUGUAUCCCAGGAACGAACUAUUAUCUUUGCCUUCAAAAAAUUUGUAAGGACUAAGGGUUCAGCCUAAAUUCUGGGAGGCUGCUUUUGACCCUCAGCUGGAACAUUCAAGCCCUGUGGCAACACAAUUCAGAAAAUUGAAAUCAACAGUUCAAAAAAGAAGAGUAGUAAAUAACUGAGGAAGAGCUACUCUGCAGAUAAAGCCUGAGAAAUCUACAAAAUUAUGAAGAGACAACAUGAAAAAUUUGUGAGUUAAGCCUUAUCUUUCUCCAUGAAAACUCAGUUAAGGGAAAAUUUAUGAAAUCGAAGUUUUUCCUCUGAGCACAAAUACUGAUUUUUAAUACUACACCACUGUGUGUGGCUGACUUUUAAAAGCACUUGAAACAUAAUACAUGCUUAUAUAUAGGAUAAUCUGCCCCAUAGAGAGCUAUUAGUGAUAGAUGCUCUAUUUCAUCCCAUUUUAUAGUUGUCUAAUCUUAGGAUAACCAGUAUGAGAUGGCUUUCAUUGUAAAUUCAUCUUCAUUUUGAUAUCUGAGAAUCAAUAUUGGCAAAAAACUAUUAAGUGGAAUUGGAAGAGCAUGUCAUAUGUCAAAAGACACUAAGAAGUUCUUGUUGGAAAAAAAUAUCUCUGCAUGAUAAAAAUGUUGGAAAGUCUUCAGCCUGAAUCAGAUAUUCUUCAACAUGAUCAAAUUCAGACUAGAGAGAAACCUUAUGAAUGUAAUGAAUGUGGAAAAACCUUUAGCCUGGAACAAAGCCUGACAGAGCACAAGAAAAUGCAUACUGCAGAAAAAUCACAUGAAUGUCCUGAAUGUGGUAAAGUAUUUUCUCGAGUCUCAUCCCUUUCUUUACAUUUGAAAAGUCAUACCGGAAAGAAACCACAUAAAUAUGGAAAAAACUUUGACCAGAAUGGCAAUUUACUUUCUCAUCAGAAAAAUCACACUGAAGAACAGUCAUAUGAAUGUGGGAAAGCUUCUGUUCAGAUGCCAAGUCUCAUUAAGCACCAGAGAAAACAAACUGGAAACAAGCCCUAUGCAUGUAAAGAAUGUGGGAAAACAUUCAGUGGCAAAUCAUACCUCAGUGAGCAUGAGAAAAUUCAUACAGGAGAGAAACCAUUUGAAUGCAGUCAGUGUGGAAGAGCCUUCAGCCAGAAGCAAUACCUCAUUAAACAUCAGAAUAUCCACAGUGGGAAGAAACCCUUUAAGUGUAGUGAGUGUGGAAAAGCCUUUAGCCAAAAGGAAAAUCUGAUUAUCCAUCAAAGAAUACAUACUGGAGAGAAACCUUAUGAAUGUAAAGGGUGUGGGAAAGCCUUCAUUCAGAAGUCAAGUCUCAUUAGACACCAGAGAAGUCAUACAGGAGAGAAACCCUUUGUGUGUAAGGAGUGUGGAAAAGCCUUUAGUGGCAAAUCAAAUCUUACUGAACAUGAGAAAAUCCAUAUUGGAGAGAAACCCUAUAAAUGUAAUGAAUGUGGAACAAUAUUUAGACAGAAGCAAUACCUCAUUAAACAUCACAAUAUUCAUACAGGAGAGAAACCAUAUGAGUGUAAUAAAUGUGGAAAAGCUUUCUCUCGAAUCACAUCUCUUAUUGUACAUGUGAGAAUCCAUACAGGUGAUAAACCUUAUGAAUGCAAAAUAUGUGGGAAAGCUUUCUGUCAAAGCUCAUCACUUACUGUGCAUAUGAGAAGCCAUACAGGUGAGAAGCCUUAUGGCUGUAAUGAAUGUGGAAAAGCCUUCUCUCAGUUCUCAACUCUUGCUCUACAUAUGAGAAUCCAUACCGGAGAGAAACCAUACCAGUGUAGUGAAUGUGGGAAAGCUUUUAGCCAGAAAUCACAUCACAUCAGACACCAGAGAAUUCAUACUCAUUAAUUACUCCACAAAUGCCUUGAAUUUAGGAAACCUUCAACAUAACUCAGAUUACCAGAAAAUAAAGUGACAUAAAUAUGGAAAGAUCUUUGGACCAUCUCCCCCCCACCUCCCCUGCCGCCUUGGAACAAUUUAAAAUACAGAGAAUUUUAUGAACUUUCACAGUGUCAUGAAAACCUGCCCCCCCACACACACACAAAAAAAAGAAAUUCAUCACAUCAUUGCUAAUCUUAUACUUCUAGGAGAGCAUCCUCACUGAAGUAAGUAUCCAAGUAGACAACACUAAUCAGCAUGGUUCUGUAAGGCCUAUCUGAUGGAUUAGGACAAAGAUAUAGCAGGUAAAAUGAUGUGUAAUUAGGAGACAAAAUUACUAUUUUUGUUAAAUUUUGCUACAAACAUAUCAAAAUUAUUUGCUUUUAUUCUGUCAUGAAAAACAAGUUGUGAAUAUUUUAUUCAUAAAUAUGCAUGCCUUUAUGGGAAGUGUGGCAGUGGAGCUGAUAGGAAAAUCGUUCAAAAAGUGGUCUCAGGAUUAUUGACUCCUUAAUGUGGGAAAGUACUGGAUUAGAAUGGAAAGAGCAAAUUUUCUAGUAUAAUAAUUUAAUUCAUAGGAGGAUGUUUUUAAAACCUUGGGAUAGGAAUUUCUGAAGUAAAUUCCAGAGAUUAUAUGUGUAUAAUCAUUACAUAUAUAAUCAAGAAAAUUAGACAUGUAUUAACUACUCAUGAACCUUUCUGUUCACUGCAUGAAAUGCAUACAGAAAAACUGGAAGCAAAUGGCUAUUGCUUGUGAAAUGGUUAAAUAAAUUGUUCCUCAGAGUAGAAUGUAAGAUAUCAGUCAAGCACAACUAAUUAAAUCUACAUGUACAAACAGUAAGUGCUAAAAAAAAAAAAAACUAAAGUGAACAGACAUUGUUGUAUGAAUUAACACUUAACAGUACUAGUAUUGAACACUGGUUACAGAAGAAUAUUUUUAUGUAAAAUUAAUGAAGAAUACAUUGAAAGGGAAAACGCUGUUUCCACAACUGGUUUUCUCUGCAUGGAAAGAUAAUGGAAUAGAAGUGGGACCACACAUGGUAAAGGCUACUUCAGAGCAUGAUAAAGGUUACUUCAGAGCAUGAGAAAAUAACAUGUAUGUAUUUUCUUCUUUGUGCUGUUUCUUUUAAACUUCUGAAAGUUGCACCAAGUACAAGUUGCUACCAUGCUCACAUUUUCAGUCAGGUAUUAAUAUUUUUAUAUCACCAAAAUCAUAUUUCUACUAUAAAAAUAGCUAAUUGAGAUGGUAGCCUAAAUACUCUUCACUAAUCUGUAUAUCUUUUUUAAAAUAGCUAUUUUAUUUUGACAGGACAGAAAAAUUGAGAGUGAAGGGAAAAGAGGGAGAGACAGAUACACCUGUGGUACUGCUUCAACUCUUAUGAAGCUUCCACCCUGCAGGUGGGGACUAGGGGGCGUUGAACCUGCGUCCUUGUACAUGGUAAUAUGUGCUCUCAACCAGGUAUGCUACUGCUUGGCCCCUCUAAUGUCUCUGUCUUUGCAACAGGUUGGAUCAUAUCAUUAAAUAGCAUAUGCAUAACCGUAGUAAAUUUUAUACUGAGCAAAAGUUUUGUCUACAUACCCAGUAUUGACAUUAAAAAAGAUAUUUGGGAAUAAGGAAACCACGUUAUUCUUUCCGUCUUAGUUCCCCCCCCCCACAUACACACACACCAGAGCAUUGCCUAGCUCUGAUUUAAUGGUGAAGCCAGGGAUUGAACAUGGGACUUCAGAGCCUUAGGCAUGAAAGUAUCUCCCUGGCCCAAUCCCUAAUUUUUAUAUACCACUGAGUAAAACAUCAGCUCUUUCAUUUCAGCUUCAGUGUUUUAUUCACAUAGAGAAUGAAAAGCAGAGAGGGUGAGACAGAGAGGAGAUACUACAGUACUGCUUCACCACUUGUGAAGGCUGAGUGGUUCAACUUCAAUUUUAACACAAGGAUUUUUUUUUUUUUUUUUUUACCAGAGCACUGCUCAGCUCUGGUUUAUGGUGAUGCAGGGGAUUGAACCUAGGACUUUGGAGCCUCAGGCAUGAGAGUCUCUUUGCAUAACCAUUAUGCUGUCUACCCCUGCCCCACAAGGAUAAUUUUUUUCUCUAUGAAGUUUUGUUUACUUAUUCCUCUUCACAAUAACAAUGUAAAGUGAUUAUUGCACCUUUUGAAUAAUAAUAAAAGUAAUAAAAUCCUGUAAAUAUAGCACUAUGCUACUUGAUAUUUGCAUUCUGUGAAAACUAUUAAGAUCGUAAAUUUAUGAGAAGAAAUGACAUUAUACUAUUUCUGCCCUAGACAUAGUAAAAUUUGGCAGUUUUUCAAACUGUGAUUCAUGUUCUUAAUCGUGAAAAUUUUUAAGCUUUAUUUAUUUAGUUAUUGAGAGAGAGAACCAGAACACUACUCUAGCACAUAGGAUGCCAGGAUUCAAACUUGGGACUGCAUGCCUUAGAAUGCAACACGUUAUCCAUGUCAAAGACCACAAACAAAGAUUCUGAACAAAGCAAUUUGAAGUCCAUCUUCAUUUCACUGACUUUCUUAUGUACUCAAAUCUACUACAUUCAUCUAAUAGAUAUGUGCAUAUAACUUACGUAUAUUAUUUUUACUCCCCAUUAAGUAUAUUCAUAUUUGUUCAUUAUUACUACCCUUGGGGAGCUCUGAAGUCUCAUUAGCAACUAAGAAUUCAAAUUCAAACCAAACUAGGAGGACCACCUAUUGAUAGAUAUUUUGGUUAAUGCCACAGGCCAGUAACAAGGAUGAUGGUCAGAGGGAGUCAGGUAGUAGCACAGUGGGUUAAGCGCACGUGGCACAAAGUGCAAGGACCAGCAUAAGGAUCCCAGUUCGAGCCCCUGGCACCCCACUUGCAGGGAAGUCGCUUCACAAGCAGUGAGGCAGGUCUGCAGAUGUCUUUCUUUCUCCUUCUCUGUCUUCCCCUCCUCUCUCCAUUUGUCUCUGUCCCAUCCAACAAUGACAAAGUCAAUAACAACAAUAAUAACUACAACAGUAAAAAAGCAAGGGCAACAAAAGGGAAAAUUUAAAAAUGAAAAAAAAAAGGUCAGAAUAAGAUGAGAAGUCAUUCUAUAAUACUCUGUGAUAUUACAUACUGUAAAGUUAUACACCCACCUAUUGAUUCAAGAUAUUGCUAGUUAUUUUCUACCAUAAACAACACUGUAGUAAACACUCUUAAUUGUAGCAUAUAUUUCAGGAUUCCUUUUUAAAAAUUUCUGGGGAACUAAAAGCAAUCUAUUACUUUUUUUAGUUUAGCAAAGAUAAACGCUACUUUAGUUUUGAUAAUUUUCAUUUCCCCAAAGACAAGUUUUCUCUAGCCUUGCAACAGCUACUAAACUAAAAUUCAUGCUUUUGUGGUGAGUAUAAACCUUACCUGCUUCUAAAUCUGCUUUGUAAAUUUCAUACUUUUCUAUAAGAUCUUUUUUUUUGUCUCCAUUUUGAAGGCCUCUGAGGAAUUUCUGAAAAUUUUGUCAUAAAAACAUUUUUAUUAAAAAUAUUUUAUAAUUUCUAUAUAACUAAAAUAAUGUACUACAUUUUUCUAAGCUUGUGGAUUGAUUAAAAAGAUUCUAAGUUCUAGAUUACAUUACUUCUUGGGUUUUCUUGCAAGUUGUCUAUUAUAUUGUCUUAGUGUUAUUUAAUUCAUCUAGAAUUUAAGUUUUAAAGUCAUAGACUUCAUUGUUACUUUUUUGUGUUUCCAAUUGUACAAAUAAUUGUUAAAAUAAUUCAUCAACUGAGACUAAUUUUAUUCAUCAGCAACAAUCAUAUUUGUAAAAUUAGCAGGAAAAAAAAUGAAUCAGUAAGCUUAAUCCAGCAUUUGCUUUAUUAGCUUUGUCCUAUUUUUAAAAAAAGCCUUUACAUCAUGUUUUUCAGGUAGCCCAGCCAAGCUCACAUUGUGCCUCAGCAAUGCACAGGGGUAGAUUAGGUCAGGUUAGGGGUAGUACACUUUAGCACUGGGUAAAGUUAACAUUCUUAUUUAAGACAUUUUAACACUAAAUCUAUCACUGCAUUUGUGUGACUUGCCACCAUGACAUGGGGCACACUAAACAUAAAACAAUUCUCUUACAGCAUGGGGAAAGCCUUGGUUUCACAAGGCUUAGUCGCUAGGCUGUAUUUACAGCCAGUUCACAGCUCUAGCCAUCCAUGCACAAGCUACUAGUGGGGGAGUCUAAAGGGAUUGUCAUCUUUCUAGACAUAGGUCAGUGGGAAAGACUUGUUCUUAGAACUUUCAUACUAUCCUUUUCAUGUUCAACUGAAAUUUUGCUGUGUGAUCCUUUAACCAUAUGAUCUUUACUUGAUAUACCUGCACCUGCCUGUCUUUUCCAUUUAUAGCAAAACCUACUUCUGUGCCCUUUUGUUUCACUAACCUGUUAGUCUCUUUCUAUACUAAUAUCUUCUUAGCUGACAAUGUUUGCCGCAUAUUUUGAUAGUGUUUAUUAUAAGUUCUCUUUCCUGUCUUUAGGUUUUAUUAGCUAGUCUAAGUUAAUUUCCUCUUAAUAUAAAUGAAAGUUCUCACAUUAUAAAAAAACUACCAUUUGGUACUCUAAUUGGGAUUGCAUAAAAUUUUAACAUUUAUUUUGGGAAAAUGACAUUUAGUCUUUUUGCACUGAAACAUAGUAGGCCCUUUCUGUAUUUGUUAUAAUUGAGAUUAUCUUCUUCAGCAAGAGAAUUCUGAACAUAUUUGAAACCCAUUUUGCUUAUUAGCUGGGUGAAUAUAUUUUCUGUUUGGACUGAAUAUCUUCCUCCAGAAUACAUAUAUUCAUAUCCUAGUCCUAGCAUGAUGUAUUUGCAGGUGGUGCCUUUGGGAGUGAACUAGGUUCUGAUUAAGGUGAUCAGAUACUCAUGAAUGGCAACUCUCUGAGCGCUCUCUAUGUGAGUGCUCUCUAUGUGUAUGGACCAAGAGGAGCCCAUGUGAACACACAGUAAGAAGGCAGCUGUGUGUGUAUAAAACAAGAAGUAAACCUUCACCAGGAACUAAAUAUGCCAGCACUUUGAUCUCAGAACUUCUUGGCCUCCAGAACUGAGAAAUAAAUGUCUGUUCUUCAAGCCAA